GACAACAUAAAGUCUUCUUGUAGUGAGUUUGUCAUCUGAACAGAUUAGCCCAAAAACGGGAAUCAGUCUCGCCUGCUCAACAACAACCUUUUUGUGGAUAUUUCACCAGCGUCUUUCAUCUUGGUGGUAGACGACAAGCGAGGAUGAAUCUCCCUCUGUUAGUUCUGGCUUGUCUAUCAGUUGUUCAGAUGUGUAUGGGGGACCAGCUUGAGGAAGAGGUCAUUGUACCAAGAAAAGUACCCCUUGUGGGUGGCUGGUUCGAGAGAAGUCCAGAGUCAGAGGAGGUUCAGGCGGCGGCUCAGCACGCUGUGGACACAUUCAAUACAAACUCAAAGGCCAAGAAGUUGUUCAAACUGGUGUCCAUCACAUCUGCACAGAGUCAGGUGACCAACACCAUCGACUACAGGAUCAAUGCAGUACUGAGGAAAACAACGUGUUUAAAGGGUGAAAAUCAUGAUUUGGACACCUGCAGUUUUGAGAAAAAGCUCAAGUGUCACUUUGAGGUGACGUUCAACCCCCGCAGCAAUAAACUUGUGCUGCAGAUGCGGAAGUGCAAGAGGCCCGUGCCCACCGUUCAAGCGUAAAUGUUUUGCAUUUUUCUUGGAUUUUGGUGUAAUGACUGAAAGUGUUGCAUGCACAAAUGAGCAACCUAUGACGACACAACAGACCAAUAAAGUGUGUGCUCUAUGAGUCUUGAGAAGUGUGAGAUUAGUUAUGUCUCAGUUUUUAAUUUAAUUUUUUCUGCAAAAAUCUCGCAUCAUGUUUUACAUACAACAAUAAUUUUUGUCCACACCUCUUUGGAAACAAAAACAAAAAAAGCCUUUUGAGCUUGAGCUCAUACUGGGAGUCUGUUUUGAUGAUUUUAGCAUGACUUCAAAUGAAAUGAAUAAAUUAUGACACUUUGACCCUUUUCAAUUAUAUUCAGAGCAAAAACAUGUGGAAAUAUUGCUGCCUUUACAAAAAUUGUUGUGGUAUCUCAUUUUUCUAUAAAACAUACCAUCCAGCCAUCUAUUUUCUGUAUUAUUUUUCCUUACUAGGGUAAGGGGGUGUGCUGUCUUUUAUGCAUGGUAAUUAUGCUUUAUUCAAUUGAAUGUUAAUGUAAUCGUGUACAAUGACUCCAUCCUUUUGGGGUCCAAGACUUUGCUCUACUUCAUGCAACACAUCAAAGUUACAAUAAGUGCAAGGAGAAAGAAAUACAAACAAUUCUAGAUCUUCUACAUCUAAGAAAUGGACUGACUCAUCGGUGGCAAAAAAAAACAAAAUAAUCACAUAAUCUCUGUUCCAUUGAGGAGAUCUUGGGUUGAUGUAACUGCUAGGUGCAGAGAAAAUGUAUUCUCAUUUUGUCAAGAAAGAAAGAAAUGUGUUAAAAUGGCACAUCGGUGGAAGUUGUCCAGUAAGCCCAUAUGACAUCUUUGCUGCAAGACACAAGGUGACAGUGCUCUCUCUCGCUCCACAAAUAGUCA